AUGAACGCGCCCACUUCCCACACACCCGUCGUCGCCAUUGUCGCGUGCCUCAUGCCCGACAUGGGCAUCGGCUACGCGGGCAAGCUUCCGUGGAAGCUUGCACGCGAGAUGAAGUAUUUCCGAGAGGUCACGUCGCGGACCGUGGACCCGUCGAAGCAAAACGCGGUUGUCAUGGGCCGCAAAACGUGGGAGUCGAUUCCGCCUCGGUUCCGCCCGCUGCCGGGACGUACGAACGUUGUCGUUUCGCGUCAGUUCUCGCACGCACUGGAGCCUGCGGGCCCGAAGGGCCCCGCAGGCGUGUUCCACAGCAACUCGCUGCACAGGUGCCUGGAACUGCUCCCGCAGCGGGUCGCGUCGCUGGAACGCAUCUACGUCGUUGGCGGCGCCGAGAUAUACGCCCAGAGCUACACGCUGUGCGACGCGAUGCUUCUGACCGAGAUCGAGCCAGCCCCUGGCGCCGAGCCGCCCCAGAUGGACACGUUUCUCGACCGCGUGGCAGUCGCAGAGCGGUUCGAGCGCCAGGGCUCUGUCGACGCGUUUGUGCCGCCAGGCGUCACGCUGCCGGACCCGGAAACGGUGCUUGAGAACGGGUUCCAGUACCGGUUCGCGCUCUACACGCGACGGGUUACGUAA